AAAUCACUGGUCACAAUCCCAAAGAUCUCAUCGCCCAGUCAUCGUCCCGAUCGCGGAGGUUCUAACUACAGAACUUCAGCUCCAAGGAUCAGAAGGAAGGGGGAUUUGGCCAUAAGUGUCCUACAAGAGAGCUGUAGGGUAAUAAAGAAGAAAUAAAGAGACACAAUGCUGAAUACAGGCCCUGCCAAGCUCCUCCUAACCAUGCUGGUAGUUUGCACCUUGCCCUCGCCCUACGCCCCGACCAGUGCAGUACCCCAGCCCAGGGUUGCCAAUCAGCCAGCCGUGUUGAUCAUCGGAGCCGGUAUCUCGGGCCUAGGAGCUGCCCACAAACUGCACGCCCACGGCUUUCAAAAUGUGAGAGUCUUGGAAGCCACUGGGAGAACCGGUGGCCGGAUCCGGAGCCAGAGAUAUGGUAAAGGAUUCAUUGAGAUCGGGGCGCAGUGGAUUCAUGGACCAUCACCUGGUAACCCUGUCUUCCGGUUGGCGUCGGAGUAUUCCCUACUGGAACCAGAAUGCUUAACGAAGGAGAAUCAGGAAGGUGCUUAUGGCCACCCAUCUAUUAUUUCUGUCCCCUACAGCAGCUCUGGCAAGAGGAUCAGUCCAGAAGUAGUGGGGAACAUUUCCGAGCUAUUUUCAUCCUUUCUGGAACAAGCUCGAAACGUCACCAAUGGGGACUGUGAUCAAAACGAAAGUAUUGGAAGAUUUGUACAACGGCAAACCGCACAAAAGAUGAGGGAGUGGGACUCGGUGACUGCAGGGACAGCACUGGCCUUGUUAAGUAGUCUACUGAAAAGUGAGUGCAGCAAUAGUGGCACUCAUAGUAUGGAUUACGUUGCCCUCUGUUCCUUUGGAGAGUACACAGUUCUCCCAGGACUGGACUGUACCUUCCCCAGAGGUUUUGAGAGCCUUAUUAACCAAAUUAAGUCACCACUACCUAAUAACACAAUCUUACUAAACAAAGUGGUGGAGACCGUUCACUGGAAUGGAUCCUACCAAGGCAACGACUCCCGAACGUUCCCAGUGAUGGUGGCGUGUGAAGACGGGGACACCUUUGUGGCCGAUCAUGUCAUUGUCACUGUCCCAUUAGGGUUCCUGAAGGAGAGAUCGUCCAGCUUCUUCUCUCCAUCUCUCUCUCCCGAAAAGGUUCAGUCAAUUCAGCAAAUGGGAUUUGGAACGGUUAAUAAAAUCUUGCUGGAAUUCAAGACGCCAUUUUGGGAGCCUGAGACGGAAGUAAUGCUGCUUGUGUGGGACGGGGAAUCUCCUCUUAUCAAUCCCCCAAUAAACCUGACCCAAGAUUGGGUCAAGAAGCUCGCUGGGUUUGUGGUCCUGCAGCGUCCAGAACAGGUUGGCCAUGUGCUGUGUGGCUUCAUUGCGGGAGAAGAAUCUGCGUUUAUGGAAACACUGACGGAUGAGGAGGUUCUCUCCAACAUGACUGCUGUGCUGAGACAAUUCACAGGAGAUCCCAAUCUGUCUCCUCCAAUCCGCAUUUUACGCUCCCGGUGGCACAGUGAACCUUACACCCGCGGAUCAUACAGCUAUGUGGCUGUUGGCAACUCAGGGAAGAAUGUGGACAUCCUCGCCCAGCCAUUACCCAAUGACCGCAAAGCAGAUAAGCCUCUGCAGGUCCUGUUUGCCGGAGAAGCCACUCACAGAAACUUCUAUUCCACCACUCAUGGGGCCUUAUUGUCUGGCUGGAGAGAAGCAGAGAGACUGAUUAGCCGUUAUCCCCCCAAUGGAUCCGAGGUUUAAGGGGGAUCUGCCACUUCCAGUACCCUCCAUGUUACCAAUAUAUACAUUCAAUAAACCUAUGCAGUGUGUCUGAAGA